AUGAGUAACAUUAAGGCAUUCCAGUUAAGGCCCUUAAAAAAGAAGGAGCUGCUUGAUAAAUUGGAGGAAUACAAAAAUGAGCUCAGUGGUUUGAGAAUAAAUAAAGCUUUAGGAAACUCCGCGAAGAAUUCCAAAAUACGUAGUGUUCGAAAAAAUAUUGCUCGAAUUUUAACUGUCUACAAUCAAAGAAGAAAGAUGGAGUUGAGAAAACAAUAUAAAAACAAAAAGUUUAAACCGUAUAAUUUAAGAAAAAAACUAACAAAAAACAAGAGACUGCAAUUAACACCAAAGCAAAAGUCGGCCAUGACCUUAAGAAUGAAAAAGAAAAUGAUGAAUUUUCCCCCAAGAAAGUAUCUUUUAGUGCACAAGAAAUAA